AUGGAUUCCACAGCUAUCCUUGCAACAUGCAAACAGACACGGUUUCAUCUACUGGAUGAGAAUCCUUCGAAGGAGAUCGACGUGGAUGGGUUGAACAUCGUGGUCACUUCCUCUGCGGCUGAUUCGACGGAAGAUGCAUCCAAGUCUAAGGUCAAGGGUAAAUCUAAAGCCAAGGCUGCGGGACGAGAGUUGAUCUCAGAUGCCCAUUUAAGAUUGAAGGCCGGGAUUCAUUAUGGGUUACUUGGACGAAAUGGGACUGGGAAGUCUACUCUUCUUCGGGCCAUGGCCGAGAAACUUAUCCCUGGUAUUCCACAUGCCACUCGAAUGGCGAUCCUGCAGCAGACGGAAGAUCAGGAUCCUGAGCUUGAUACAGCGACAGCUUCAAAGCAGGACAAGACUGUUUUGGAGUCUGUGCUUGGCAGUAACGAGCAUCGGAAUGAGGCUGCUCGAAUGGCUGAUCACCUCUCGAAAAGCUUCGAGACAGACGAUCCAAUGGAACCCGUGCGAGCCAUUCGCAAGAUUCGACACCAGAGAGCCGAGAGACAUCUUUUCCUGGCUCAUAAGAAUGCAAGCUUGAAGAGUGGUGCCCGUGGUCUCCAGGCGAGAAAGGAUCUCAAGGCCGCCGAGGUUAAACUUGAGACCACAUCGGAUUUGCUCGCACAAAAUGUAGACGCCAUUGAAGCAGAGACAGUCGCAUCAGAUACCCAAGAUGCCGUUGAGACAUUACAGACUCUGCAGUCUCAACUUGAGGAUAUGAAGCUUUCCGACAUGGAACAUCAAGCCCGACGAGUUCUCCUCGGCCUCGGUUUUAAAGAAGAUGGGUUUGGAAAGAAAAUUUCCACUCUUUCUGGUGGCUGGCGGAUGCGAUGCAUGCUAGCCAGCGUCCUGGUGCAAGAUCCCGACAUCAUGAUCCUAGACGAGCCAACCAAUUUCUUGGAUCUGCUCGGUGUGGUCUGGCUAGAGAAUUACCUGAAACAGCUACGAGACACGUCAGAGACAACUAUCAUAUUGGUUUCUCAUGACCGCGAUUUCAUUAAUGCGGUCUGUGAAGAGAUUGUCAUUCUUCGGGAUCAGAAGUUGACUUAUUUCCGAGGAAAUUUGUCGGCUUAUGAGCAGGACCAUGAGGAGCAGAAGCUCCAUCUCGGUCGUAUGAAGGAGGCGCAGGAGCGGCAGAUUGCUCAUAUAGAAUCUAGUAUUCGGGAGAAUAUGAAGAUUGGGAAGAAGACCAAUGAUGAGAAUAAGCUGCGGCAGGCUAAGUCGCGGCAAAAAAAGGUUGAUGAUCGGAUGGGGUUGCAAGUCAGUGCGAACGGUGGGCGGUUCAAGCUAAACCGUGAUCUGGUGGGUUAUCAUUUCACCCGUCGAGCUGAGAUCGAUGUUCCCGUGGACGAAAAAGGUGCGACCAUGAGUUUGCCUGAUGCAACCGAGCUGCGGUUUCCUGGUCCAUUGGUUUCGCUCGAGGGCAUUGUGUUUCAGUACAAGAAGACCGACCGCAUCAUCUUGGACGAUGUGAAUCUGGUCGUCCACUUGGGUGAUCGAGUUGGAAUCAUGGGACUGAAUGGAUCAGGGAAAACAACCCUGGUCCGCAUCUUGACGGGUCAAAAUACUCCUUCUAAGGGCAAGGUGUCGACUCAUUCGCGGUUAAAAGUGGGUUAUUAUAGUCAACACUCUGUGGAAGACUUGCAAGAGCUUGGGCGAUGCCAGCCUGGUCUGACUGCGCUGAGCUUGUUAAUGGCCGAGACAGAGGGCUCCAUGAAUGAGGGUACGGUCAGAGGUCUGCUUUCUUCAAUGGGGUUAGCAGGUCGAAUUGCAUCCGAUGUGCCUGUCUGCAAGCUAUCGGGCGGACAGCUCGUUCGACUUGCAUUGGCACGAAUUGUCUGGAGCGCACCGCAGCUCCUCAUUCUCGAUGAAAUCACCACUCAUCUGGAUUUCCAUACUGUGACUGCAUUGGCUACGGCGCUCUCUUCUUUCAAUGGUGCUGUUCUCUUAAUUUCCCACGAUCGUUUCCUGAUGCGCUCCGUGAUCGAGGGUAAGCGUGAUACAGAGCACAAGCUUGAUGAAGACUUUGAAGGGCUGGACGAGGAAGAGACAAGAGAGACCCAGCGACGUCGCUCGGUGUAUGUGAUCAAACAAGGCAAAAUGAGCGAGCAGAAGAACGGGGUGGAGCAGUUUGAGCAGAGCCUGGUGAAACGAGUACAAAAACUGCUCGCAGUAUAG